ACCAAACCAAGCAACAUUCGAAGGUCCAGUUGACCCUCAUGUCACUUCAUGUCUGGAUGAUGUCCCAGUGCCACCUCUUGGUUUUGAUGAAGUUGUCCACAUUCCUCAGCACACUCCUGUUGAGGCGGGUUCAGUGCGUACCCCAUUCGACGCAGCACGCCCUGCCUCUGAUAACACACCUCUCCACUGCCUUCCAAUUUCCAUCGAUUUCCCUUGGAAGCCCUUUCCCAAAAACAAGCACAACAAUCCCAAAAGAAUAAGAAAGUAUAUCACAGUAUUAGGAUACUAUUAGGUUGGAGGCCAUCGCCUAAAAGAAGAAGAAAUCCUAAGCUAUGUCCAUUUUCCUUGCCGCAUCCAGCUUUCGGCUCAGCACACCGGCAUUUGAAGUGCUGGCACCCAAUGGUUCGAGGCAGAUCAAGUGCUGCAGAACCAGCAGAGCCAGCAUCAUCGUCUGGUGCGAGACGCGGUGUACGGAGGGACCGCGAAACUGAGCGAAAUGCUGCACAUAUGGGGCGCAGACCUAUGGAAAGAGAAAUCUUGAAGCUCCAGCAAGACCAUAACUUCCUCUCUAUCCCAAAGACGGCCUUUGGCAGACUGGUAAGGGACAUCCAGUCAAGCUUUGCCGAGGAGCCCCUCCGAUUCAGCUCUGAAGCUUUGGAGCUCCUUCAAAUGGCAACAGAGGAAUAUUUGAUGUAUCUAUUUGCAGAUGGCUAUUUGGCCACAGCUCAUCGGCGGAGAGUGACUCUCUCCUCCGAGGACGUGCGCCUGGUGCGGCGAUUGCGGCAGUGGGGGCACCAGAGAAAGACACUGAGAGAGAGAGGGAGAGGCCAGCCUAAUGGUAAUGGCCUCCAACCUAAAAGCGAUGGCCUCCAACCCAAGAGAGAUAAGGAGAUCGCUAGUAGGUUGGAGGCCAUCGCCUUUAGGUAAGGAAGCCUAUCUCUUGUUUCAUUUCUCGUGCUUUUGGGGUCGUCUUGGUGCUCGCAGGCCGCAUUGCUGGGGGGAGACCCGGUAGAGGCCAAAAAGAAAGCUUCCAUUUCGUGCUACUCUUGCUGAAUCGGAGUGGCUGCCGCUCUUGCUGAAGUUCAGACAGUCAGC